UGAAGAGCAAAGUGAAGGAGCAGAUGCAUCAUGGGAUAGGAGACAAGCACACGGCCCCCAGAAGCCACGGCCACAGGAGAAAAGGCUUAAGAGUGCGAGCGGAGGAGACCCCACCCCGUAUUGUACACCACCCCUCAGACCUGGUGGUGCGAGUGGGCAGCCCGGCCACGCUCUCCUGCAGGGCGGACGGGAACCCCAAGCCCACCAUAGAGUGGCUCCAGGACGGGGUCCCAGUGCACUCAGAGCUGGGGGACAGUCACCUCCAGCCCAUUGUCCUGUCCGAGGGGAGCAUCUUCUUCUUGAGUGUGACGGCUGGGAGGAGGGGCCUAACUCACGAGGGGGUCUACACCUGUGUGGCCACGAACAGUGUAGGGAAAGCCACCAGCCGGAAUGCGUCGCUCUAUAUAGCAGCGUUGCAGGAGGAGUUCGGUGCCCAGCCCGGUGAUGUGGAGGUGUCUGAGGGGGAGGUGGCCGUUUUGACCUGUGUCCCCCCGAUGGGUCACCCAGAGCCCAACGUGUACUGGAGGAGAGACGGACUGCCCAUCAACAAGACAGACCAGCACUAUACUGAGCUGAGUGGAAAGCUCAUCAUUGCACCGGCAGACAGGAGCCACUCGGGGGCGUACGUGUGCGUGGCCAGUAACACAGUGGGAGUGAGAGAGAGCAGGGCCGCCCGCCUCACUGUGCUUGAGAAGCCAGUGCUGCUGCAGAGACCACAGAACGUGUCUGUGAAGAUGGGAGAGUCGGCGCAUUUCACCUGUCAGGCCAAAGGAGACCCUGCACCUGUCGUCAUGUGGAGCAGGGACCAGGGGCCUCUGCCCAAUGGAAGGUACCUGGUGAACCCCGUGCAGACCCUGCAGAUCCACUAUGUGACGGCUCAGGACGCAGGGACCUACACCUGUACAGCUGUGAACGACGCCGGCGUGGUCACUGCCAGCGCACAGCUCACUGUACAAGGUUACUUGGUCCCAGAGCCCACAAACUCCACUCAGAAGGACUUCCAUAAGGAGCUAUCGUCUCUGCGAGUCGUUCUGGAGAGUGUGGUCAUUCUGGCUGCUGGCUCUAACAAGUCUCUGGUGCAAUGGAGGCUGCAGUCGUUCUCUGCUCAGCCUCACUUCCUGGAUGGCUUCGAGGUCCUGUAUCGCUCUCUUCUGCCCGCCAGCUCGGAUUGGGCGGCAAAGAAGGUGCUGAUGCCCGGGUUCCAGGCUCAGAUCGGCCCCUUAAAACGAGGAUUUAAAUAUGAGUUUAAAGUUCGACCCUAUGGAAGUAACCUGUACGGGAGAGAGAGCAACACACGCCACCUCAGAGUGCCAGAGACAGUGCCCAGUGCGCCCCCUGUGGGCGUGUCUCUGUCUGUGAACCACGAGCAGAAUAACUCCGUCAGUUUGAACUGGGAGGCUCCUCCACACGACACACACAAUGGAAUCAUACAGGGAUAUCAGAUCUGGUGUGUGGACUCGGACCAGCAGCAGUACCAGAACUGGACUGUAGACAGCAGUCGUGAGCAGCUGCUGAUCUCAGGCCUCAGAGCCGGGGCCAGGUACUGGGUCAGCAUCGCCGCGGUGAAUGGGGCGGGGGUCGGGAUGCUCAGUGAACCCCAGGGAUUUGUCAUCAAUCCCCCUUUAGGGAGUUCUGCUGAAAAUGAUGGCACAAAAGAGCCCCCCUCUGUCCUAUCUGUGCUCCGGGACCCUGUGGUGAUUGGCAGCAUUGGCGCCCUCCUGUGGUGCGUCCUCAUGAUUGCAGUUGUGUGCCUGUACAGAAGACACAGCAGGACAGGCCAACUCAUACCUAUGAAUGGCAAACGGAGAGGAUUACACAGACUCGCUGGAGAAGACUUAAUCAUAAAACACAGAAUGGCAGCUCCAGACUCCCCGUGGAUCGCAGGAGGAUGGAGGCAGGGUCACUUCAAUGAAUACCAAGACCUGUGGGCUCAGAGCCACAAGAACCCCAAGCUCAAAAGUGCCAGUGAGUGGAGCUGUGUUUUAAUAAAGAGUCUUCCUGCAUCUUCCUCCAAAGACUCUAACAGCGCAGACUCUGUUCCUAUAGUAACGGACAGCUGUGGCGUUUACGGAACAUUUUAUGUGGACCUGAGUGGCCGAAACUUAAAAACCUUCAACAGCCCCGGAAAAUGUCCCAGAAUGCCCCACAAUCACCACGGUGACCAGGGAACUGAGACCAUAAAGAUCUUCACCCAGCCCGUCUCAAAGGGCUCUCCGCUCUGUACCCGCGAGCCGUUACCAUGGAAACAGGGUAUACGCCCACAGCCACGGAUGGGCAUCAGCCACAGCAAGCAGGACCUACAUACAGUGAACAGUGUCCCGCUGAUCUCCUCUAAGGCUGAAAUCUGCUCGUCUGAUGCCUACAGACAGAGACAGAGCCAAGGUUCAGCAUCAAAACACAGUGGACAGUCAGACUUGGUGAGAGCGCCCCCUUGCCCUCGUCUACUGCAUUACUCUACCUCAGUGCACCUGGUGGACAUGCUGCCUCCUCCUCCUCCUCUGCCCAUAGAGAACACAGCAGAGACACACAGCUUCUCGUCUGAUGAAGGCUCCAGUCACUCCACAAAGCUCACAGGAGACAUGGGCUCUCUGCAGUCUGUGAACACCCCUCCAGCGACCCGGCUCGUGAAACCGAACGCCAACCCCUCCAACUACAGCCGCCAAUCCACCGCCUCCUACUGCAUGACCCUCCACCCAGACCCGGGGGCCAUGACAGCGCAGGAGGCCACGCAGUACCUGGAACUGAGCCCAAAGCCCGAAAGAUGCAGCCUCCUCCCAGAGCAGAACCCCUCCCUCCCCCACCCGGUCCCCCACAGCCUGGGCUUCAUCAGCAGCUCCAUCUCCUCUCAGCCCGAUCUGUACUCCACCCUGGGCCACUCGGAGGCUCCCCCUGCUGGCCUGAGGCGGGCCCGCGUGCAGAGCUCUCCUUCCUCCUGCUACAGCGAAUGGGACAGCUCUCUCUGGAACACGUGGAGCUCGGUAAUGGACCGGGACAUGGAGCGGGACUUGACCAGCGCUCGCACCAGUCUGAUUAGCUCCGUUGACAGCUGCUACACCACAGACAGCGCCCACUUCGCCCGUUUGCUCGCUGUGGCGGCCGCCGCGGAGAGCAUGAGCGGAGCGUCGUUGUCAGAUUUCUCUCCACCUGCGUCCCCUCUCAGUGUGCUUUACCCCUCUUAUCACCUAGAGGGCGACUCUUUUGGCGACUUGGACCCUGUUCCUGCUUGGGACUGGAAAACUGCAUGGAUGGAGGAAAUGGAGGAACAGUACAAGAAUCACUACAACAAGCCAUUUGACUGUUAAAACUGAAAAUACAAGAAUUUACAAAGAAAUAUUUGGACACUUUUCAUUUUAAUGUUUUUUUUUUUUAUUUUCCUAUUUGACUAUUUACAUUGUAGUUUCUCACUGAAGGCAUCAAACUAUGAGUGAACUCAUGUGGAAUCUCUGUAGGUUUUAUACAGAGGGAUAUCAGUUUGGUCACCCCUCCCUUCGUCACAUCUCAAGCCAGAACCAAAUAGAAACGUCCAAUCAGAUUUGUUUAUUUCCGUGAUGUAUGUGAAACGCAGGAGCUCAUUGGUCAUCUGUCAUUUUGAACAAAAUCUACUUUCCCUCACCUCAGAUUUACAGUGUUUAAUGCUUCGCUCAUAGAUUCUAUAGAAAUUUGUGAUGUUUUUCAGCCCUCUGAUAUUUUUUCCCCUUCUUUUUUCCUCAUGAGCUGCCAUAUUUGUUUUCAUACGGAUGGACUGUGGGAGAUUCAGCAGUGACUCACAUCUUCAAAGGUAUUUGGGGAGUGUAUAUUCUGGAUCCCAGGCAUGUAGUAAACUGAAAAGGGUUAGGAUUAGGUUAGGAUCGGCGCUUUUAAAUGUUGGAUUCUUCAAAAUAGCCUUUACCUUUUGUUUUUAUCACUGCUUUGCACAUUCCUGGCACCUGUGGAGUGAAAACCAUUUCACGGGACUUCAAGAAGCUCAUUGAAAGAAGGGUUUUACAGCUGUCAACAAAGCAAAGGAUGGAGACUUGAGGAAUCUGAGUCUAAAACAUAAAACAUAUGUCUUCAGUGUGUAUCUACAAUGUUGAAAGUAGCAAAAGAAAAUUUCAAAUCUGUCACCGGACAAAAAGUUUUAGAGUGAAGUUUUGCUGCUCAUCCAAGCCUCUUCUUUGGUUCAGCUCAGAUUACUCGUGGACACUGUCUUAUAUCUAUCCAAAGGGAGGCGCUAACUACACUGAAGCUAACACACCUGUUUGUUUAUAGUUUCUGUUUGUUGGCCAGGUCUGUUGAACUGCACUAAGUGCAAACUCUGCCUGAGUCAUAUUUAGCAUAAUCAUUCAGGCCCCUAAUGGUGCGCUCACACCUGUUAGCAUACAGGCUAGCACUACUAUGUCCUUGUUUUAAUUUUAAGUCUGUGGAUGGAGUUAUAAAUAGGAGAUAGCCCCCGUUCCUGUUUCUUUUUCUUUGGAUCAUACCUGGACGACUCAGGGAUUAUGGACAAUAUUAAAAGUAGUAACCAGAAAGAAAAAAACAUCACCCGAGAAAGUGUGUCCAAACUUUUGCCUAGUCAUGCAUAUGCCCAUCACAAGACAAAAAGAGAAAUACAUAAACAUUGGACUUUGGGGCAUAAUUAGGUUUGACUGUCCUCUUCUCGGGGCAGUCCCACUAUUUCACAUCCUUCAAAUGACUUCUUCAGUUUGUAAAGUUUUCUUCUGUUUCCUCUCAUUAGAGCGAAAGCUAAUGACUUUGUUCCCUUGGGAUAUUCUCACUCAGUUUUUAAAGGGCCAGUAGCAACAGACGCUGCCAGACGAAGGCACUCAUCAGGAUCCAAGUCCCAGAAGUUGGCUUAUAUUUUAUUUCACACCAUUAUUAUUAAGUCCAACCAGAGCUGUUCUCCUGGUUCUUUUUCCUGAAGUGUAAAUAUGCAACAGAUCUUACGAAUGUUAUUUAAAGAACUUUUGGAACUAAUUUUUUUAAUGCCCUUAUAAUAGUAGUUUUAGUUUUAAAUCAUAAUUUUGGUAAUUUAGGUUUUAAAAAUGUGAUAUUAAAGUUUGGGUUAAUUUUGUAUUCAGUUAAAAGCUAAUUUGCCCCUAAAUUAACCUGUGGUACAAACUGUCAUAUUUGAGUUGUUUAGUCUGUG